AUGGUGGACUUUCGAAGUUUAUUCGUUUUUCUUUUGAGUAUAACAUUCGUAGUGGGAGAUUGUCCGUGUCCGGACGAGUCUCUGUGUCGGCCAUUGCAAACCGGUUCGCGCCAUGAGAAAGUUGCAUUUAUGGUUUCGAAAGAUAAUUGGCGUGCAUACGAUUAUAAUCAAAUAACGACAUUGGUCAUAUGUACAGACAGUUUCGAUCCUCAACUUGUUUGUUUAGCACAUUCUCGACAAGUUCGUCUGGCAUGGCUAGCGAAUUACGAUGUGAAACAAUUAGGAAAUGUAACUGCUCGGAGUGAAUGGGUUCGCGCUCAAGUCAACAAAGUCAAGAGCACCUAUACAGACGGUAUUAAUUUUGAUAUGGAGGAUGAUAUUCCUGAUGGAAGUAUCAUGGCAGAUCAAUAUACACAACUUGUUCAAGAACUUACCAAUCUGAUACAUAUCGAAAUAUCUGGUUCAAUGGUUAGUGUUGAUGUUGCCUGGUCAGCACCGUGUAUUGAUGGACGUUGCUACGAUUAUCAGGGUUUAGCACGUGUUAGUGAUUUCUUAUUCGUAAUGGCCUAUGAUUUACGUUCACAAAUCUACGACUUAAAUGAUUGCAUUGCAUCGGCAAAUUCACCUAUUGCGCGUGUAGCGGCAGGUUUAACAAACUAUACACAAGUAUUUGAAAUAGCAUCAUCGAAGCUCGUUCUUGGUGUACCUUGGUAUUGCUAUGAUUACACAUGUUUAUCACUUGAUGUCAAUCAGACAUGUCAAAUUCAACACGUUCCCUUUCGUGGUUCGCCUUGUUCGGAUGCUGCUGGAACUCAACAUGAUUAUCAGUACUGUCGACAACUAUUAAGAGUAAAUGCGACAACGACUCGCAUGAUCGAUAAUCGAACGGGUGGUGUGUUUUUCGAUUAUUUCAAUCAGGGUGAUGGGAAAACUCAUCAGAUAUGGAUGGAUGAUCCUGAAACACUCGUGAUUAAAUAUGAUCUUGCCACUGAUCGACGCUUAUUAGGCAUUGGUAUGUGGCACGUUGAUGCUCUGGAUUAUUCGCCAAAUGCAACCAAAGAAGCUCGACAGGAUACAAUCGAUAUGUGGAAUGCCAUGAAAAGAUUUCAUGUGACAGAGACGGAAACAAAUUAA